GAUAACAGACCUAACCUAAAGGCAAAACGAGAAAAUGCACAUACAAGCCUGCCUUCCACAGGCACUGAGUGCUCUCAACUCUCAUUCCCUUCAACUGGAGCCCAGCCCUGGGGGUGAUUUGAGCUAAUCCCAUUGGCUCCACCCUUAAUUUGCUUCUAGAGUUCCCUCGGCGAUUUCUUCAGAUCGCUCCGUGUGUGUUUUCAGAAUGCCCACCGCUUCCCGGAGCGAUACGAAUUGCAUGGAUGAGUCCAUUGGGAAGAAUAGGUAUAGGAAUACUUCGGUGCACAACGCGGUUCGGGACGGGUGAUGACUUGUGGGGUCCACCUCCAUCCCACAGCCAUGUCCUGCUACGAUCUGUGCCGUCCCUGUGGCCCGACCCCCCUGGCCAACAGCUGCAACGAGCCCUGUGUGCGCCAGUGCCAGGACUCCCGCGUGGUGAUUGAACCAUCUCCCGUGGUGGUGACCCUGCCAGGACCCAUCCUCAGCUCCUUCCCCCAGAACACCGCUGUGGGAUCUUCAGCAUCUGCUGCUGUUGGCAAUAUCCUGAGUGCUGAAGGAGUGCCCAUCUCUGGUGGCUUUGGUUUCUCUGGCCUGGGCAGCCGCUUCUCUAGCAGGAGGUGCCUGCCCUACUAAGGAUGAUGAUGCUGUCCCAUGAGCCCACUUCCAGAUGGAGGAUGGAGCUGCUGGCCUGUGUUUCCAGAUGGGCUGAGCACCCUCGUGCCCUCCUGUAAAGCAGAGAGGGAUGCCAGGUUGCCAGCUUAUGUAUCUAGAAACACAGCCAGCAGAUAUCUUCCCUGCUUUCUUCUCAUCAUCAGGAGUCCAUAUUGUCUCCUGCUCUCCUAUGCCUUGGUUUUAUCCUGAAGCAAAUGGAGAUGGCUCUGCAUCUUCUUUCUCUCACCAUAUGAGGAAGAUCUGCAUCUCAUAUUGGUGAAGGGGUGUCAGAUCCCUUUGACCAUGCACUGUUUUGUUUUGGUGGUUUUUUUUCUAUCUUCAGACUCAAUAAAAUUUGUGCUGCAUUGUAA